ACUUAUGUUAAUCACAGUUUUCAGGCCGACGCCACGUGAGCACUUAGUUGUCUGGCUGAUAUCAGAACUGUGCGUAUUUAUAGAAUAUAGAUUUAUAGGAAAUGUUUACCAAAUGAUGGUAAAAAUUCUUCGGCAGGUCCCCUGGGGGAGGGCCAUGCUUUUCCUUCUUUUGGUCUGGUUGAUAUUCAUAGUCAUCUCCAUUGGUUUCCUCCGGCCUGACCAUCAGAACCAACAGCAGAAUCAGCGGAUAUCUCAAGCGUUGAGAGACUUGCAAUCUCUGCGACAUCAGAGGGAAGAAAUUAACAAAUUACUUACUGAAUACAACUCAGGUUUGUCGCUGAAACAAGAUGAAAAAGAUGCCUUGCUGAAAAGUAUACAAGACAAAGUUGCCGAUUCAUCUCAUAUUAUAGCUAAUACUAACGAACCUGCUGAAAAUAAUGGUGGAGGGAAGCCAUCUCUGGUAUAUGAAAGAGUUCGUAGGCGUCUUUAUAUGGAUGCAGAAGAAAUGUGGUUUUUCGUGAGCGGCCAAAUCAAGCAGUUACAGAAAAAGGCACAGACAACUGCUCCUCACCUUAUGCCUUUACUUAAUAAAAUACUUCAAGAAGGUGUUGAACAUAAAAGGUCGUUAUUGAAAGAUGUUGACCGAUUGUCUGAAGUGGAUGGUUAUGCUGAUUGGAGACUGAAGGAAGCUGUGGAGCUUUCUGAUCUUGUUCAAAGGAGAUUAAUACAUUUACAAAAUCCAGAAAAUUGUGAAAAGAGCAAGAAACUUUUAUGCAAUCUGAAUAAGGGAUGCGGUUAUGGCUGUCAAUUACACCAUGCUGUAUACUGCUUGCUGGUUGCAUAUGGCACACAACGCACACUGAUCUUGAGGUCAAAGGGGUGGAGAUACAACCGUGCUGGCUGGGAGCAGGUCUUUCGGCCAGUUUCAGAUACUUGCACUGAUUUCACAGGUCAUGUACACAAUUGGCCAGGUCAUCCAGAUUCUGAAGUUAUUCUGCUGGGUAUUGUGGAUUCAGUUUCACCACGUCCCCCUUACCUUCCACUUGCUGUUCCUAAAGAUUUGGCUGAACGGAUUAGUCGCCUUCAUGGUGACCCUUCAGUCUGGUGGGUUGGACAGUUUCUAAAGUAUCUUCUGCGGCCUCAGCCAAAUACUGUCAAUAUGUUGAAGGAUGCUGCUUCCAAGUUUAAUUUUCAAAGGCCAAUUGUUGGGGUACACAUUCGUCGAACUGACAAAGUGGGCACAGAGGCUGCUUUUCAUCCUGUGGAUGAGUAUAUGGAGCACGUGGAAGAGUACUACAAACAAUUGGACCUUUCUAAGCAAGUAACUACCAAGCGAAUAUAUCUUGCAUCAGAUGACUACAAAGUUUUUGCAGAAAUUAAGAAUAAAUAUCCAGACUAUGAGAUUCUUGGAGAUCCACAGAUCGCAAAGACUGCGGCUGUAUCCACUCGUUAUUCAGAUGGUGCAUUAAAUGGUUUGAUACAGGAUCUUUAUUUCCUCUCCCAAUCUGACUAUCUCGUUUGCACAUUUUCUUCUCAGGUUUGCCGAGUUGCCUACGAGAUAAUGCAAUCACUUCACCCCGAUGCAUCAACUCGCUUUAGAUCUUUGGAUGAUAUCUACUAUUAUGGAGGCCAAGGAAUUCAUAGAAAAGUAGCUAUCAUGAGCCAUCGCCCUAAAUCAUCUGAUGAAAUGGAUCUUGCUGUUGGGGAUAUUGUUGGUGUAGCAGGGAAUCAUUGGGAUGGUUAUUCCAAAGGUAGAAACUUGAGGACAAAUCAGGUUGCAUUGUAUCCAUCAUUUAAGGUUGAUGAUGUGGUCGAGGCAGUUGACUUUCCUACCUACACUCAGGUACCACUUACAGCUAAGCCAGCGACGUAGUCCAUUCACCGCAGAAGCUAGUUGGUCAUAUAUUAUCUGCUAGUUUCAUAUUUACCUGAAACUGGUCCUUCUCAAGGCUAAUGUGCCAAAAAUAAUUGUUAAAGACUCUGCAAGAAUAAGCUGUUGUCUUACGCAUGCAUGAAUUAGGAACCAGUUGGUUUUAUAUUUUAGGAUCUCAUAUAAAUAAAAGACACUGCAUCAGUUCUUGGCAAGUAUUAGCUUUUAAGUGAUUUAAAUAAUGACCUAAAUUGAUAUUUUCACCUUAUGAGGUUUAAGUCAUAGAAACAUAUUUUUAUGUAUUUUUAAACACUCUUAAAAAAUAUGUUUCUUCUAUUUCUUUCUAUUUUGUUUUCUUGUAGACAAAACCACAGAGGUUUUCAGUAGUGGAGGCCUAUCAGGCUUCCACUAAUUUUACGCAUUAAGCUUUUGUAAAUUUGAGACUGAUAAGUUGAUUAUCAAAUGUAAUUAGAAUUGCGUUGUCAUUCACAUGUGAAACAAAUGUUCGUAUUUGUAGUGAUUUUAUAGGUUUUCUAAAAUGAAUACCAUCUUCCAUUCUAUAGUUUUUAAAUCUUAUAUGCCUAUUAGAUUAAUAGAUUGUAGUUUUAUUUUAAAUCAUUUAGGAUAAGAUAUGCAUUAUUUAUAGUAUGGUGCUAUAAAAUUGAUCAAAUUUAAUAGAUAUAAUUUUGAAUCAUAGCCCAUUUUAUUCUUUUCAAAGAAAUAUUGAUCAUUGGUUGUGCAAUCAUUAUCAUAGCCAUCUUUUUAUUUCAUUUUCGUAAAUAACUCAUCAGAUUACUGUGACAUAGUUAACAAUCAUUCAGAAAUUAUGUAGAACACUAUUAUUAGGAGAAAAUAUUCAUAAUAUCAAUUACCGUCUGUAUACGUAAUUGUGGCUUAAGGCAUUAAAUAUUUUAGUACACCUAGUUUAUUUCUGCAUUUGAUUUGUACUGUGUCUUUCUGAUAAAUCACUAAAGAUCAUAUUACUUAUUAUUUUUUCAAAAUUUUGAUUUGUUGAAAUGCUGCAUUUUACAUCACUGCGUUUUAGAGAAAAUUUGAAAUUGAACUGUGAAGGUUACGAAAACAAUGUUAUCGAGAAUUAUUUUUAAAACUUUCUAUGAGCUGAUCAUAGCAACCCUCUUUCACAAUUAGUUAAUAAAUAAUCUAAUUAGAGACUGUUGCUGAAUUAAGAAUGAAUUGUAUUUCUGGUAUCUCGUUUAAUCGGAAUGGGAAUUGGAAUGGGCAACUAGUUUAGAAUAAUCUAGUUUAGGAAUAAUUUUGUAAAACAAUAACAGCAAAGUUCAAAAUGUGUUAUCCCACCUUAGCAAACAAGUUUUGAAUAGCAAAUGGUUCUCUUUAUUUUUAUUUAUGGAUUUAUUUUAGUAUUUAAAAUUAUGGCCUUACUUUAGGAACCUUAUAGUAUUCAUCGUCUUACAAUUCCUUUUCAGUUUAAUUUAUUCAAACAACAUGUUGAUUUUUUAAUUAAUGUUAAUUAAUUAAUUGUUUAACACUUACAUUUUUUUUUCUAAAUCUGUUGUUUUCUAUGCAGUUGCAUGAAAACUGCUGACCUAUAUUAGUUGCUCAGUAUCUACUCUAAAUUUCCUUAGACUCUUUUAUUGAGUGACUUACCUUAUAUGUGGCUUACCUUAUAAAUCAUACUUUUGAAAUCACAACAUUAGUAUUUAAUGAUAUAUGUAUAUAUUGUAUUGCACUUAAUACUUUCUAUUAUUAAUUAUAAUUAUUCUGUAAUUUGUUGUGUAAAAGGAAAAUUGGAGAGGAAAAUAUUAUACUUUUGAAUUAAAGUAACUAAAUAAACAAUAUAAUAGUGAGUGAAUGGCAAUGUAUGUAAAUGACUGAAUAGUUUGUAUUAUUGAACUGUAAGGUUAAUUCAAAAUAUAAUUUUAUCUACACAUUGUUUAAGUAUUAUAGCUUUACUCAUAAAAUUGUAGGUUUGGGAUGUAAUGACAGUUAGUUGACAGUAUGACUUAUCAUUAAUACAAAUUUUUAUAUAAUUUUUUCUAAAUAAUUAUACAUUUUAGAAAGGAAAUAGUAUAGUUGCUUAUAUUUUCUCAUAUAACAAAAUUAAAAAAAAAAACAAACCACUAUUUCAGUGAAAUAGCAGAUAUAACCUCUCUCUUUCUCUUUCUCUCUCUCUCUCUCUCUCUCUC